AUGGAGGACGGCGAGGGGGCUGCAGUUGGAUGGGAGCAGAUCCGGACAGCAGGAGGCGCUGGGGAGAAGGCAGGAAUGGACAAGGACAGCACCGGGGCCAUGCCCAGGAGGCACCGGCUAGGCCCGGGGGCCCCUCCCACAGGGUCAGCCUCCGGAGGCCUCAAGGCAGCCAGUGAGACGGCAGAGCUGCAGAGGAGCCGGAGUAUGGGGGGCCUGCCCCAGAAGGGGAACCACCCCCCCCAGGUCCAGAAGCUCAGCACUGCGCCUCCGGAGUCGGCUGAGCGGGGAAGGCAGCUCAGAAGCGAGGCUGAGGAGCGCGGCUGCCAGGCCCCCCUGGAGGACGGCGAGCAGAACAAGGACCAGGCUGAGGAUGCCCUGGAGACGCCAGCGCCCGAGGAGGCAGGCGGGCCCCAGCACGGCGAGGAGGACCCUAAGGAAGCCCCCGACAGACGUGAACAGAAGCUCUCAGUGUUUGUGGAAGUUGAUCUAGGAGACCACACUGAGGAGGCGGCCACACGCACCACGAAAGAAGAGAAACUGGCCCAGGCGGACCUAGGGGACCUGUCAGGAGACGAGUGA